UCCGUCAGCAGUGUGUCGACCUCUCAACACGCUCGCUAAUCAGUUUUCAUUCAAAUUUUUUUCAAAGUUUUUAAUAUUUUUUUUGGACUCCACGAGUAUUUCUUCUCCGACAGUGUACCGAUGUCGACAUUGCCGUUAUUAUCCGGUGUCAUAAACUAACGAAAGUACAGGGUACGCCGCCCCACGGUGGAAGUGGGAAGUACCGCCCCGAGCCGGACUCACCCGAAGAUUGCCGAAGUGGAGAUCGUGCCGAGACCGCUGUUCUACACACAAUCGGCCGUGUCGUGGAAGCGAAUGCACUGCUAGGCGGCUCAUAUCAUAUCUGUGAGUGACCCUGUUAUCACUGGACGAUGAACAGCUGAGCUGGAGAUGUCCCGAAGGAAACAGGCCCGCCCCAUCAGGGUGUUCGAGUCCGAGGAUGGUCUGGAACCCGUGGAAAUCACUAACGUUGCAGGGGAAGGAUCCAUGACAGACUCCGAAGACGACGCCGGCAGCAGCACUCCCAGAGACGACAAUGUCUGCGAGCACUGUAACGCCGAGUUCCCCACCGUCCAAGAAGCUGAGGAACACCGCAAAGACUGCCUGCCUCCUAAAGAGUUAGUGGACAGUCCCGGAUUCGGAGAGAACGAAGAGAUGCCGGUAACGGGUGACGAGGAAGACGAGGAAGGUAGUAUACCGGAAGAAGGUAAAAGACAAGAAGAGGUCCGCAGGCAGAGACAAGACGCAGAAAACAACAACUCGAUAGAAGAAGGGGAGACGGAAGGGGAAGGGGAUAUUCCGGAAGCCGAAUUGCCCCUCGGGUUCCCCUUUCAGCUGCCGGCCGCAGCGGCUGCAGGGCAUGUCACCCUGGAGGCCCUCCAGAACACCAAGGUGGCUGUGGCUCAGUUCGCGGCUACCGCGAUGGCCAACAACACCGACAACGCGGCAGCCCUGCAGGAGUUGGCGGUGCUACAGUCCACUCUGUACACUCUGCAGCACCAACAGAUGAUGCAACUGAACCUGAUACAGCAACUCCAGCAGCAGUUGCAGAUCACUCGGCCCAAAGACGGCAGCCCUACACCACCCCCCGUCCUGCCCGUGCCCCUCACGGUCAGCCCUCUUCCGCCCCCGCCCUCGCUACCCAAGCCCAGCAGAACCCCUACCCCGGUAAAGCAAGAGGUGCCCGUCUCGACUCCGACCACACAAUCGGUGCCCGCUUCCAACCCCCAGCCCUCCACGCCCACUUCUGCCCCAAAACCGCAAACUACUUCACCUCCCGUUCACACCCCCAGUUUACCGCCCUGUUCUAUAUCGUCUAGUUUCGCUUCUUCGAUCAUUACCAACCUCGACCCUCCACCUUCGCCCAGCGAGCCCAACACGCUGGAAAUGUUGCAACGCCGGGCGCAAGAGGUUCUGGACAACGCCAGCCAAGGGCUGCUGGCCAACAAUUUGGCCGAUGAACUCGCAUUUAGAAAAAACGGAGGCAAAAAUUCCUUGUCACCGUACGAUUCCAAGACGGGAGGCAGAAACGAGCCGUUCUUCAAGCACCGAUGCAGAUACUGCGGGAAGGUGUUCGGCAGUGACUCCGCCCUCCAAAUCCAUAUCAGGUCGCACACAGGUGAGCGCCCCUUUAAGUGCAAUGUUUGCGGUAGCCGAUUCACCACCAAGGGCAACCUUAAAGUGCAUUUCCAGAGGCACACGUCCAAAUUCCCCCACAUCAAAAUGAAUCCGAAUCCCGUACCCGAACACUUAGACAAAUAUCAUCCACCCCUUCUGGCUCAGAUGGGAGCUCACCAGAGUUUACCGCCUGGAGUCCCGCCGCACCAUCCACACCACCCUCAACAGUCGCAUCACCAUCAGUUUCCGGGCAGCCCGCCCUUCCCUCCCACAGGGCUACCGAUGUUCCGCCCCCAGCACGACCUCGUCAUCCCCCCGCACCACCAACCCCUGAUCAAACCCGUCCUCCCCAUCCCUCUGUUCGGGCCUCGCCAGGAGCUCCACCAAGAUCUGCCGGAGAACCUGAGCAAGCCCGUCUUGUCGUCACAUUCCUCGUCACCACCGCCGUCGGAGAACAGUGACUUUAAAAAAGAGAUGUCGGAAGACGACGGCCCGAUCCCGUUGACCAUGUGUACGACAGAGACCGGAGAGCCCAUGAAGAUAGAAGAACGAUUGUCGCCCAAGACCGAGACUGAAGGAGAGCCCGAGCCGGAGAGGUACUCGCCGCUGCCGUACGAGGAGUGCAGCUCUGACAGCAAGUACAGCAACGAGGACCUGCUGGGCAGCAGGGAGAGCCCGACCAUGGACAAACACGACGACAGUCUACAAGACCAGCCAGAAAACCUCUCGAACAAAAGUACGUCUGAUAUUGGACACUUUAAUUUUUCAACCGAUCAACGCCUACCUCCCUUCCCCUUCCCCAGCAUCGUUCACUCCCCACCCAGUAGUACUUCCUCCGGCAGCCUACAGAAUCCUAGAGCCUUCUCCUCGACUCCCGUCGAUAUCGAUCCGUCCAAAGAUCCCGCCCUGUACACCAACCUCUUACCCCGUCCCGGGAGCACUGAUAACUCUUGGGAAAGUCUAAUAGAAGUUACUAAAACCUCUGAAACAUCCAAACUGCAGCAGUUGGUUGAUAAUAUAGAGCACAAGUUAACCGAUCCUAACCAGUGUGUAAUAUGUCAUCGCGUUCUUUCUUGUAAAAGUGCUUUGCAGAUGCAUUACAGGACUCAUACGGGCGAGAGGCCCUUCCGGUGUAAGAUCUGUGGAAGAGCUUUCACGACCAAAGGCAAUCUGAAAACUCACAUGGGGGUGCACAGGAUAAAGCCACCCAUGAGAGUCCUGCACCAGUGUCCUGUGUGCCACAAAAAGUUCACCAAUGGGCUCGUUCUACAGCAACACAUCCGCCUGCACACGGGCGAGCCCACUGACUUGACUCCCGAGCAGAUCCAGGCGGCCGAGAUCAGAGAUUACCUACCCCCGGUCCCUUCCGCUCCGUCCGGACCCUUCCUGCCCCUGCCCGACCCAUUCCUGCCCAAGCCUGCGGACACUGGCGACAGGCGCGUCUGUGGUCCCCCUCCCAAAGACGAGCCGGAGUUCCCGGACGACGGCCAUACCAGUAGAAUUAGUCCUUUACCCGGCUUGCCUUCUUUUUCUACCUCACUAGCAGCCCUCGAAAAUCAAGUCCGUACCAUUACCACAAUAGCUCAACAUAGUCAAUCACUCUUAAACCAAAAUCAGGAAUUGUGCAAUAACACAGCGUUCACCCCUAUUACAGUGAACGGUGAAAAGUCGCCACCGGGUUCGAGUCCUAGCGGGUCGGAGGGGCAUCUGACUCCAUCCCCCCACCUCCACCCUCUCCACCUCUCCCGCCCACUGUCGUCGCAGCGAGCUCCGAGUCCGGCCGCCUCCGAGUCCAAUUCUCUGGGAGCCCUGGAUCUCACGCCCAGAACCUCAGCUCCGGGCCCUGGAGUCUUCUCGGGGUUCGGUCUGCUGCCGACCUCGGCGCUCUCGUCUCUCACCUCUUCCGUACUAACGUCCACGGCCUUCAGCCCCAUGGGACUGGCGGUGGGACCCGCAGUGCGGGGCAACACGACUUGUAACAUCUGCUUCAAGACGUUCGCCUGCAACUCGGCCUUGGAGAUCCACUACAGGAGCCACACCAAGGAGCGACCCUUCAAGUGCACCAUCUGCGACCGAGGAUUCUCCACCAAGGGGAACAUGAAGCAACACAUGUUGACCCACAAGAUCCGAGACAUGCCCUCACACCUGUUUGAGCAGAAGAGUCCUCAGGACGAGACCAGCAACACCAGCUCAGAGAGUCGAGAUCUGAGCGUUCCUCGGGCUAUGAGCGUGGAACCUCCUCAUCCCCCUCCGCCACAGCCCCCGCUUCCGCAGCCACCCAAAGAACCCCCACACCACCACCAGCCUCCACACCCUCCACCUCCACAACCGAUCAAGAGGUCUCCCCCAGAAGAAGCCAUCCUGCCCAUACCCAAGCGACAACCAAGCUUGCCAAAACACUUGUGCCAUGUUUGCAAUAAGAACUUCUCGUCAUCGUCGGCGUUGCAGAUCCACAUGAGAACACACACUGGCGAUAAACCGUUCCGUUGCACGAUUUGCCACAAGGCUUUCACCACCAAGGGCAAUCUCAAGGUACAUAUGGGCACACAUAUGUGGACCAACGGGGCAUCAAGGCGUGGCCGACGCAUGUCCCUGGACUUGCCUCCGCUCCCGAUCACUCCCAAGGAUUCAGAUUUCCUUCACAGGAGACCCGAUCUUUUCUACCCCUACCUUCCAGCCCCGUUCCUUAAUGGAAUGCAACAGAAGCUAAAUGAGAUCUCUGUCAUCCAGAACGUGGGUAGUAACAUGACCAAUGGGCUGUUGGGGUUCGGUGGAUACGGCGCCAGUCUGCCCAGCGAGAUGAAACCAGGGUCUCCAGGGUCCGAGAAGCAGCCGAUGGCAUCACCCCGUACACCUCCACUGUGGGAUCUUCACUAUGAGCGCAAGCCCCCACACGGAGCCCCCGAGGAGUGUCAGUCCCCACCUCAUGUGACCAGGGGUGAGGGACUGGCUGCAUGAUGGCCCCUACCCCCGGCCCAGUUUACUUAGACGUAUCUGACAGGGCAGAGACUUCAGAUUGGUUGAAAUGUUCCUAUUUUGAAACUAGUCUUUUAGAGGAUAACCAAGCAUGAGGAACAAGACUAUGUAUGGGUGUCUCGGUGUUGUCGAACCGGUUGUUCGGUUGUCGGACCGGUUGUUCGGUUGCCGGUCGUUAGUUUAGUUGGCCCCACAUUCGUUCGUUCACCUGUGAUAUUUCCCGCACUAAAACUCUGUGCUGUUUCCAUUGUAUUUAUUUCCGACCUGGUGAAUAACUUUGGUUAUUUAAUUUUAAUCGAGUGAUAUUAUUUAUCCGACGGACUAUUUAUUUUUUAAUUUUUUAACUUAUUUGAGAAGUGUUGUAUAAAUAUAUAAUAUUGUUCGGUUUGCUGUAUAAAGAAUAUUUGAGCUGAAAUUGUAGCGUCCAUAUGUAUGUCCUUAUAAAUAUAUCGAUAGGUUAAUUGUAAAUACACAAAAGACAAGCAGCAUCAACAUGUAUCGAUUGUUAGCAUUUUAUUUGUAGAUUACUAUGUAACUGUUUUUUAUUACGUGUGAAAUGUGUGUCUGUAAGUAUAUUUAUAUAUUUGGUGUUACAUAUUUAUUCUGAUUGAAGCUGCUAUUUUCCAAUCAGUUGACGUCUGUCGCUGUUGUUACCUAAUGUUCGUCAGUUUACUUUAUAUUGCCCUCGUUUUGUUAGUGUACAUAGUGCCCUACUUUGUGUUUGGAUAACUGUUGUCAAUAUAUUUAUUAAACUGGCCUUUUGGAAUAAGAAACUGUUCUGAACGCUAUUAUAAUUAUUCCAAACGAGUUUCGUUAUGAGGCUAAACACGAUGAUGGCUAACACUGUAGGUUAUGAUCUCAACUAUAUUAUAAGCAUAUCAUUUUCAUGCUGUAAAAUCAGAAAAAUAUCCAACAAACAGAUCCUACUGCAUUGUACAGAAACAAUCUAAAUUGCAGAAAUAACUGUAUCAGACUCAUUGUCCAUCAAUGUUCUAUUUUAUCAAAUUAUUUUAAACAUUUUGUGUGUAUUUUAUACUCAGUAUAUUGAAGCAUUUUAAAGGCUGUUUUAGUAAAUUUUCAAGCGAAAAUUAAGUUAUAUUAUAAAUUUAAUUAGAGUUUUAUUAGCUCCCUUUUGUAAAUUAAUUUACACUUGGGCUUUGUUGAUUGGCGUUUUUAGUCAUAUUUGUUUACUUAGUUGUUCUUGGAGGUUGUUUCUUUGUAGUAAAAGUGUUAUGUUGGGUUUUAUAUUUAAUUUUCACUUUUAAUAAUAAAGCAUUGUUGUAUAAAGAUUUGUUUCAAAACAAAAUAUUUAUUUAUAAAACCUUUUGGACUGAAAGUGACGUAGUAAAACAAUUCAGCACCUAUAUUUUUGCAUUUAAAUGGGAUUAGAGGAUUUUGAUCAGCAGAAUAGUAGAAACUUUUCAUCCUAAACAAAGUAAAUGUUACGGUUGAGAAGCGUUAAGUCGGUUUUUUAAUAAAAUUAUUUUUAUUGCAUUUAAUAUCUGUAGUUUUAAUUUUUAAUAUAAAUUUUAAAAAUUAUAUAAUAAUAAUGUAUGUAAGUUAUAUAAGGAGCAACUUGAUAUAACGCUUUGGGUACCAAGUGGCGCAUUGUGUACAAUUAUAAGUGUGAUCAUACAACACUAUACGCCCUUCGGUAUCAAACGCGUUAUAACUUCAUUUUUAAUAUAAUACAAAUGCGCAUUUUUUAAUAAACAAUAUUGUACUGAAGUCAGAAUCCUCUAGAUUACUUUUAAACGUAAACACAAUCAAAAGUACAUUUGCUGUUAGUGGAAGAUUGUAUUAAUUUUGUACAACAUUAUUUGUAUAUUUAUUUAUAUUGUAUCGCAAACCAAAUUGUGUAUAGCUAAGAUAAUUUGUUUGUAGGUCAUUGUAAAUGUUAAGCAUUUGUUACGGACUCGGGACUGUCAGCUUAACGCAAUAUCAACACAACAGAGUAGUUUUGCACAAACAAAUCAAGAGUUUUUAUCAUGUUAUACAUAAGAACCUUAUAUGAAAACUAUUAAAUAUUUAAGUUAUCACACACCGUA